AUGAAGCGGGAAAAGCGACAAAAGGGAAAGGGGACUCAGUCCAAAGCGGAAGAAAAGCAACCGGAGGAGCGACCUCUCUUUGAGUUUUGGUGGACUCAUCGAACCCUGACAGUCGAACUAAAAAGUGCACUCUCAAACCCAUAUGUAGAGGGUGUGAUUCAGUCUUGUAAAGAUGAAGUGAAAGCAAGGGCACGGGUUGUUGUGGAUACGACAACAUCCCCACGUGCCAAGCGGAAUGCUGAGGGGUGGAAAUCAACAAUGACAUUGGCAUGGCACAAAAAACUUGUGGAGGCACGCAAUCAACUACUGUCUGCCUUCACUGAAGCACAGGGGAAGUGUGAGAAGGAUAAGGUUGAAGGGAGUCCGGAAAAGCAGGCUUCCGUAGUCGCUGUGAGUAGGAGAGAAACAAUUGCCCUUCAUCAAAAGGCCCUCCAUAUCGUGCUUGACGUUAUUUUUCUUGAGUGGAAGACACACUUCGAUGCCGCUGGCGGCGGAGAUGAAACAGCAAACCGGUUCAGUGCCCUCGUGGACUGCCUUCUUGAAGGAAUUGCCUUCACGCACGUUAACCAUUGGAUUUGUGCCUCUUCUUCAGGUGAGGACACCUUGAGUCAAGAUGACUUGCUUGGAGCUCUCGGUCACUAUCUCCAAAAUCAUUUAAAAAUAACUUUUGUUGAACAGAUACAAUUGUUACCGAAGUUCGUACAGCGAAUGUGGGAGCUGUUUCAUGUGGAGCUUUUGGAAUUGGAAGAGACGAUGCUGCGGUCGUGCGGGACACACGCAGUAUCGGGAGCCGAGGGAGAAACCGGUGAUGCUGUGAAGGACUUCGAGGUGCGCUCCCUCGUUUCCAACGUGACCAAAGUGCUCAGGAAGUUGUAUGUUGAGACUUCCGCCAGGAAAUCUACAAAAGAUCUUAACAACAACGAGGGCAACGGUUAUGUUGUUGUCGCAACCUCUUCAAUGGCCGGUGCCAUGGUGCAAUCCCUUGGGAGGUGGCUUCCCGUGUGCGGAGAUUUUCUCCAUUCCAUGCUUACGUGCUUUAACGCCCUCAAGAGUGAAGGUUCUGCUGGUGGUGAUUCUCACGGGGUCAGCGCACAUAAAUGUAUCGAUGGGGAUAAGGACAGCAAGGGCACCGAGUGUCCCAAAACUGAGGGUAUGCUCCCUGCAGCAGAAGCCCGUGGUUUGCUCAGAGGUUUACAGCAGGAAGUUCAACGAGUGUUUGUUCUUCUUGAACAGCUUGACGAGUUUACACCGUGGCCCGUGUUACUUGCAGACAUUGCGUCCCGCACAUUUCAUGCCGCACGAGAACGGGUGCAACCCACCGACAGCGAAGAAUGUAGGGAUAACGCGAACAUUACGAAGGGUUUUAGGGAGCAUACCGCUAUGAGAGCGUUUCUCUCGUGGCAUAGCAGAGCAGUCGCGACGCCUCUGCUGUCAUCAUCGAAUGCCAUGGUAAGCAGAGGGACACCGUUAACCCUUGUUGAAGCAUGUAGCAAGGCACUAAAUGGCAUCAUUUCCUCUGCUCUUGAUAAGACAAGUGUGCCAAGCGAUAUACACAAGAGAGCGUUGCGUGUACUUCUUGUUCACAGGCCUCUUGCGACAUUGCAGCAUCUGAUUAAGUCAUUGUGUGCGACAGGGGCUGAAGCGGAUAGGUGUGACUUUGAGGCCAUCAUUACCGAUCGGGGCAUGUCUAGUGCAUCACGUUCUACAGCGUUUAGUGAGGCAACCCUCGAUGCGGAUGAUGUGGCCUUCAUGUUUUUCCCUAAAUUCUUUGCUGUCGCCAACUUCAUUGAAAGCUCUUUGGCAAGUUUGUGCGAAGAUGUGAAGUCGGUUCUGAACUCCACAGCGGCUGGAAAAGAUAGCUGUGUCGCUGAUCAUACCGUCAAUACUUCGCAAUUUGUUGAAAGACUUUUUGCAGCCGCCCUCGAGGAAUCCAUAAUUACAAGUGGAACUGGAAGCUGUAGUGUAGCUGUGAGCGAGUGGCUCAUGUUCUUAGGGUUUGUGGCAAGUGACUCACCACUCUUUGAAAAAACGACGAUUCAGCAUGUUCGACUGGCUGCUCGCCGUUUCUUUGCGCCUGGUCUGCCCAUGAUGUCGUGUCUUCAUCGUCUCAUAAGGCAGCGACACCAGUACGGGCUCGUCGCCUUCUUUCUUCCUCCGCUAAGGGCUAUUGGAGUGGAUCACAGUACUGCAAAAGACGCUGAGCACGUGGCUUGUGCCCUGCGGUACCCGCGCUGUGCUGAGGUCGCGUAUCUGGAGGAGUUGCCGCGUGGAUACUAUAGCCGUCAACCGCAGCGGCUCGCUUUAAAUGCGAAAAACGAUGCCCUGCAGUUCUUCCACAACAUUCUUAUGACCCCGGGAUCAGUAAAGAAAGAGAGGGAUGGUGAUGACAAAAUGUCAAAAAGCGGAGGAGAGAAGGAGAAGGAGGCUGAUGUGGUCCGGCGGCUCUUCGUUGAAAUUGUUGCACACAUUGGAGAGUUGGUGAUGGCGCGGUUGCGAGGUGUAGGCGAAGCGCGUCUUCUUGGGCCAACUGGUGCGGGGUGUGUUGUCGUCGAUGCGAUGACAGCUUUUUUCAUGGGUGUGAUGCGUCUAUGCAAUACAGUAACCUACUGGGAUGUGUCAAGACGUCAGCAAGUACAAAAAGCCAUCGUGGAAAAACUACUCUCUAGGGCUAAUGUGGCUCGGGAAGGACCAGUUUUGCCACGGCUCGCACUAGCAGUCCUCUUACAGGGCAACGUGGCGUACGAUGAGGAAGUUAAGCCACAUAUUCCUCAUGCUUGGUGUGAUUACUUGUGCAGUAUGGAGUUAGAGGAUAUUGACUCACGUGCGAACGUGUGUGCAAUGAAUUUAUUGAGGUUGUGCAACCGAAAUUAUAUGAAGAGUAUUCCAACGAAAACGCUUUUAGCAUGCCGCGCCAUGCUAGAACAACCCACAACGAAAGAGAAAGACAUAUCAACACAGGAGAAAUUGGACACGGGUAUAUCGGCAUCUGUCAAACACGAUUUCGAUGCGCUUCGCCAAAGGGCAGCUAACAACGCACCGGCAGACGUCCAGCAGCAGGUGGGGCCCGUUCCCACUGACUCAAUGGUAGAAGAGAAAAAGGAGGUUGCUAACACGACUACUGAUACUUCGAGCGCUACUUUGAAGGUGGAGGAAGAAUCGACAGUUUCCCCAACUACGGGUGCACAAGCAGAAGCCCCAAUUGCAGUAACGGGUAGUGCAAUCAAUAAGGGCUCUGAAGCCCCUGCUUCAGGUGACGACAAGUUGCUGAAUGCGGUUGUAAAACCCUAUAUGGAUGCAGUGAUCACUGUGUUUGUAAUGCGCGCGCGAACUUCUGUAGCAGAUGCCGUGCUGACCGGAAUUGCAGUGAAGAAGUGGCUGAUAUCAUGCGCUGGUAAUCUUGAAUCUCGUGCACUAUUGAAUGCCGUGCGUCGUAUCGUUUUGCAGGCGAACGCAAAAGUUUUACACGCCACGAAAAUGGAGUGCACUGCCCUCGCGGCAUUCCUGGGCGUUUUGGUGGAUGAAAUUGUUUUGCCCUAUAGGUUGAAUCCCUGUCGUGCUGUCCCUCCUCAUGGGGAUCAGCAAAAGCAACCACCAACGACUGCAGAGGCGAACGUGCCUGCAAGAACCGAGGGUACUCAAAACAACUGGAUCCAUGAUGUGCUUCCUGCUUCAGGAAAGGAUGCUGCCGCACUUCUCCAAACACUUAUUAUGGAUACGACGCGGAACAUUGCUCGGUUUCUCGGUGAGAAUACUUCUCUCGGUGAUUGGAAGGCUUACACUCUAACUUUUCACAUGCGGCGUGUUAUUGGGCUCGUCAGGCGAAACAAGGAACUGUUCCUGGACGCUGUGAAGAAACGUCAGCAAACGCUCGGGAUAAUUCUGUCAACGGAUAGCACUCAUCCUGUCAAUCUGUUAGCAUCUGUGGAAUGUCCACUUCUAGAGAGGAUGACAGGGCCUGCGGUAAGUGCUGAGCAGUUGUUCAUGGUUUCACCAGACCCCAAAACGUCCGUGGCAGCACGAACCGAGACGCAAGGUUCAGCAGGUGUUGAUGGUCGUACUACGGGUUCAUCUAAGCGAAAACGAGAUCGUGAGAACGAUCAUGAGGCUGAUAGUAAUCACGACCACCGGCAUGGUCGCUUGCGUCGACGUGGUGGAGACCGGGCCCGCGACCGGGAUCGUUCUCGUGAGCGUGACAAUGACCGUGGGGCGGUUCGCGAUUAUGACCGUGAUCGUGAGGUCAGCCGUGGCCGUGAACGGGAUCGUGAUGCUAACCGCGACCGGGAUCGGCAUUGGGAAUGGGAUUUUGAUCGAGAUGAACAGGAUGAUGAGCAUCAUGGACAUAACCGCAGGUACCGAAGGUGGAGAAAACGUGACAGAGGCCAAUGA